CCUGUAAUAAAAGCAUUCAGGCGGAAGCGGUGGCUCCUAAUUUUCUUUUUCGCUCAAGAUGGCGGGUGACGAGUCGGGAGUGACGCUUGGGCAGCCCCAUCUUUUUAAACAGGAUUUAAGUUCCUUGGAUGUCAGCACACUGUCGCCACUCUCCCCUGAAAUCAUCAGCAGGCAGGCCACCAUCAAUAUCGGCACCAUCGGACAUGUGGCCCAUGGGAAGUCCACGGUGGUGAAAGCCAUCUCGGGGGUGCACACCGUCAGGUUCAAGAAUGAACUGGAGAGGAACAUCACUAUCAAGCUUGGCUAUGCCAAUGCUAAGAUAUACAAGCUGGAUGACCUCAGCUGUCCCAGGCCAGAGUGCUACCGCUCGUGUGGGAGCAGCACCCCCGACGAGUUCCCCACAGACAUUCCAGGCACCAAGGGCAACUUCAAACUCGUCAGGCAUGUGUCCUUUGUGGACUGUCCUGGUCAUGACAUCCUGAUGGCCACCAUGCUGAACGGAGCAGCAGUGAUGGACGCUGCCCUCUUACUCAUUGCGGGUAAUGAGUCGUGUCCGCAGCCCCAGACAUCGGAGCACCUGGCCGCCAUCGAGAUCAUGAAGCUGAAGCACAUCCUCAUCCUGCAGAACAAGAUCGACCUGGUGAAGGAGAGCCAGGCCAAAGAGCAAUAUGAGCAGAUCCUGGCCUUCGUACAGGGUACGGUGGCGGAGGGGGCCCCUAUCAUUCCCAUCUCUGCUCAGCUGAAGUACAACAUUGAGGUGGUGUGCGAAUACAUAGUCAAGAAGAUUCCCGUGCCGCUGCGCGACUUCACGUCCGAGCCCCGUCUUAUCGUGAUCCGGUCGUUUGAUGUAAACAAGCCGGGCUGCGAGGUGGAUGACCUGAAAGGGGGUGUGGCCGGGGGCAGCAUCCUCAAAGGGGUCCUGAAGGUGGGCCAGGAGCUGGAAGUGCGGCCCGGCAUUGUUUCCAAGGACCAUGAGGGGAAGCUCAUGUGCAAACCCAUCUUUUCCAAGAUCGUCUCGCUGUUCGCUGAGCAUAACGACCUGCAGUACGCUGCGCCCGGCGGGCUCAUCGGUGUGGGCACGAAGAUUGACCCCACGUUGUGCCGGGCGGACCGCAUGGUGGGCCAGGUGCUUGGUGCUGUCGGGGCGCUGCCUGAGAUCUUCACUGAGCUCGAGAUCUCCUACUUCCUGCUGCGGCGGUUGCUGGGAGUGCGUACGGAGGGGGACAAGAAGGCGGCUAAGGUUCAAAAGCUGUCAAAGAACGAGGUCCUGAUGGUCAACAUCGGGUCCCUAUCGACGGGGGGCCGUGUGAGUGCUGUCAAAGCGGACCUGGCCAAGAUCGUGCUGACCAACCCCGUGUGCACCGAGGUGGGGGAGAAGAUCGCACUGAGCAGGCGCGUGGAGAAGCACUGGCGCCUGAUUGGUUGGGGGCAGAUCAGAAGGGGAGUAACCAUCACUCCCACGGUGGAUGAUGACUGAAGAGGCUUACGGCGGCCAGCCACCAGGGGGGGCCAGCUGUGAGCACAGAUACCUGUAACAUACCUGUCAAUCAUCUUCGCAGUACCCGCCCAAAGGCAGCCUGCAAGCUGCGAUGGAGUGUGUACUGUGCGGGGAGGGGGGGAUACAAUGAGUUUAAAUCAAGUACUUUAUCCUCUGUUACAGAACCUGCAUAAUUUAUACACACCAUGACAGAAGGGCGUGGUACUGGGCUUGAUGGAGCUACACUGCCAGCUGCUGUCAAACAUCAAUAAAGUGUUUUGAUCAAA